AUGGACACAAGCUUCACCUGGAUGCUCUGUGUCCUCUGCAUGGCUGUCAUGGUCCAAGCGUUUAGCCAGGAAGGGUUCAAGGAGGUGUUGCUGAAGCAGCUGGGGCUCUCUGAGGUCCCUAAAUUCCAUAAGAGAGACUUGAUGGAUUUGGUUAUCCCAGACCAUGUAAAGAACAAAUACUUCUCCAUGCUGAAGCACCAGAGGGUGAAGCGCCGAGCUUUGCCGAGCCUGGCUGGCAUCCUCAGGGGGAUCCCUGGCAAUGCAGAAGUCCUCUACUCUGACACCACCACACGCCAGAACCUGAUCUUUGAUAUGGAGGGCAGAAUACCUAAAAACAGUGAAGUGACAAUGGCUGAACUGAAACUUUUCAAAAAACCUGUGGACAGAGCCAACCUGCCUGCCAAGCAGUCUCACAGGCCUGUUUCCAGUGCCAGAGUCAGCGUGUACUGGGUCCACCAGCAGCAGGAUGGUACCAACAGGACCUCCCUGAUAGACUCCAGGCUGGUUCGUAUACAUGAGUCAGGCUGGAAGAACUUUGAUGUGACACAGGCUGUGCGUUACUGGCUGCAAAACAAGAGGCGGGAGCCAAUGUUCCUGGAAGUCUGGAUUGAAGGAGAAAGGGUAGGCAGCCAUGCAUCAGAAAUGGCUAAAGCUGUGCAUUUCAUCUCUCAGGACCCGAAGGAUAAAGCCCUAGCCAAGCCUGAACUCGUACUUUACACCCUAAACUUGGAAGACUAUGGGGGUCCUGGGGACUGCACAGAAGACAUGGUGACAGGGAAGUCCUCCUGCUGCCGACAGAAACACUACAUCAACUUCCGUGAGCUUGCCUGGAUGCAGUACUGGAUCAUUGAGCCAGCAGGCUACCAGGCUUACCAGUGCUCAGGGGGCUGCCUGCAUCCCCCCAGCCCCCUGCAGCCCUUUAGCUAUGGGGAGCACACCUGCAGUGUGGCAGAGAGCUCCCCACUCCCCAUCAUGUACCUGGUCAAGAGGGGUAACUACACUGAGAUAGAGGCAGCUGAGUUUCCCAACAUGAUCGUUGAGAAGUGCAGCUGCAUCACGGAUGGCAUGGCACUCAUGUGAAGUGCAAGCAGCCAGACAGGGAUAUCACCCAGUCCUCCCAGCCCCCAA